AUGGUGGUCAACCACGCAUUAAAUGCAGCCGUCCACGCAUUCAGUGUCCGGUGGCUCCCUCUGGUUGCCGGAGAGAACAUUUCAACUGACAAACUGAAUGACCUGGCCCGCAGGCUUUGGCAGAACGCACAAUCUAAAAUCCUCCUCAUCUUGCGGAGGCGUUGCUACAGAUCGAUACUUGCACUGUAUAUCUUUGGAAUGACUCCCAUGCCGCCAGGUCUAGAGGAACAGGAGAUCGGGUAUGGGAACAUUGGUGAAGUGUGCAUUGACAUUGCGAUGCGGCAGCUACAGAGCGUCCGGGCUAGGAGGAGAUAUGUCAACCGCUUUGAGUCCGCACUCGUAGGAGCAGGGGCAAAAUCAGCAGUCGCGUCCUCUAACACAACUGACGAGGGCUACGAGCUCCGCGAGACCAUCGUAUACUGGGCUGGUUUCGUCUUUGAUACUUCGGCGUCUUUGAGCACCGGUCUACCAUCAAUUCUCCACGCGAGUCUUCUAGGCUUCGAACAAGAGGGGACAGUGCAGCUCCUACAAAGAACUGCGCAAGAAUUCCACGACAAGACGGAAUCGUGGCGACUCAACGGCUUCGAGGUGACCAAUCAACGCGCGAUCUGGAUAGUUCAGUCGGCCAGCGGUUGUAAAGGGUUGUUCUGGAAAGCGGUCGCCUCGAUCCGCGAAGCGUUCAAUUACCGCCAUGAGCCGCACCUCGUUGUCCGUGCACAGACUGCCGUUGUCCAAUGCAUGCACAGAUACGACGUCACAUAUGCUCCGCUGCUCGCUGCGUGUAAAAUCCGUAUAUUGAGAGUUUACGGGCUCCAAGACCUUCUCGCUCUUCAUUAUCACCUAGGACUGUUGAUCCUGUACGAUACCCUGAAUAUCUUUGACAGGCGAGAUUUGAUAUCAAACUUGGGCAUCUCGCAAUGGGCUGCAGUACAAGAGACUAUCAAUAUCAUCUCGCUGGGGACGCAAUGCAAAGUCUCCCUUCAAACCGUAUUUGGCUCAACGGUAGGGUCACGUCGCAACGACAUGGUGUGCCUCCUCAGCAUUGACGCCUACCCGCACCAUGUGGCCACAGCUUUGAGGCUGGUAUCGGAUUCCUUGAAGAAACACUCUAGCUCUAGUGAGGUUUGCCUGAGCUCUGAAGCCCUCACGCAGAUCCGAAAUAUUGCAACCAUGGCGUUUGACCAACUUCCACAAUGCUCCGCCUCUCUCCAGUCUUCUCGAACGAGCAUCUCUGCAGACCUGAGCGACGUCCAACAGUUCCAAGAAUCGCCCGCCCCUGAUACUCACGAGGCACCAAAAAGCAGUAUCAAACAGGCUCAAGCACAACACGACCAAGGCGACAGCGUGCGUGAGUUACGCGAAGAAGAUUUCCAGGUCAUCGACGGGCUUGAUAUCGAAACAGAGGCAGAAACCGGAACUGAACCCGCGUACCACGUCACGGACAAUUUUGCGAGGGAUGAAAACUUGACGAGCUCUGUCCUCCUUGAACAACAAUGGGACUGGACAUCGAGUGACGAGAGUCCAUUAAGUUUUGAAAUCCCCACGGGGAAUAUGUUUUUGACUGAUCACGGCCUUUUCGAGCUUGAGAGAGAGUCUGCGUCGGAGCCUGGUGCGCCGGCGUUAUUCCUGCUCGUGGAGCUGGUCGACUGGUUCUUGGAUGUGACGGGAGAGGAUGUUUUUGAUGAUGAUGACGACGACGAUGAUGAUGAUGUCGAAGAUGAAGUUGAAGAUGUCUGGAAAAACCUGGCUGGUGUAUUGGGUGUUGUGUUCAUGGAGAGCACUGAUUUGCGCGCGAAGAAAGCCGAUGCCAUUGUAUACUAG